GACGGUGGGGAGGUGCAGUGCUCUCUGUCUCCAGCGGGGGCGCUCCACCCUGUGUGGGGGCUGUUGGAGCGCUUUGAGGCCGGCCCGGGCUGUGCAGCCAGAGAGAGCGGGGAGAAAGAGACCCAUGUGAUCGCUGUGGGGAGAGCGACACGUAGCCCUGACAAACAGGUGCCCCUUCUCUGUUCCUCACAAUAGGACACACCCACAAUCACACACCCAAUACGUUGCGUCUGCCUUCCCUGACCCCAUCUCUUCCCUUCUAGGUGACUGUGCUCCUGAGGCCCCUGUCUCUGUCUCGUCCCCCCCAUCAAACUCUCAUCCUGGUACUGAGCUCCAAGCAGCCAGUGAGCUGGUGGUUGGAAGCCGAGAGACUACCCCCGGAUCUGCCUGUGCUGGUGCAGGUCAGUCUGUGCGUGCGUGUUCGUGUGGUGUGUGUACCUCUUUUAGUAAUUAAUCUGUCAUUCACCCCCUUCCUCCUGUGAGGAACUGAUAAAAGUACUAACCCCUACAGUGUGUUUGUGUGUAUGUCUGUGCAAGUGUGUUGUUUUAGAAACAUAGUAAUAGAAACAUCCAUUUGUGGGGGCCUAUGUGUUAUCAUGUCUCUCUCUGUAACCACAGUGCCCCCCUAUGCCCCAGGUCUCUCCUAACUCUACAGUGCAGCCCUACAGUCUGGCAGUGCGGGUGCAGCCAGUGCCCUCUCUGCCUUUCCGCCCGCGGGCUCUGCUGCGCUGGGCACUGCAUCGCCAUGGCUCCCUGUCCUCCCUCACACACACAGCCAGUGCCAACCGUGUCUACGUCCGCGUGGGAGAGGGUGAGCCAGCCCCACACACACGCAUACAACUAAUACACAACCCUGGUUUUUGUGUCCUUUCUCUCUCCCUCUCCAACCAAGUCUCCCCUCUGCCCUCCAGAUACCACCAUGCCCAACGUGUGCCAACUGCAGUCUCUGUUCCUGUCACACAACUACCUGACCUCUGACCUGCAGCCACAGGAAGUGCAGGGCUGUGCUCCAGUUGGCGGAGGCGACCCAGAAGUACAUGUCAUCAAGCUCCAUUCAGCAGGGUCAGGGCUUUGUGGGUAAGUUUAGGACGUCUCCAGCAUGUGAAGAAAAUCAUGCGAAGAAUAUCAAUCUCUGAAGCUGUUAUAGUAAUACAAUUUUCAGUUAUUGGGUUAUCCCUUAAUCAGUUUCAAAGCAUUUUCUCCCACUCCAUGCCUUUCAGUGACCUGUCUCUCCCUCUAUCCCAGCUCUCUGCAGGUGGAGGUGACUGUCGCUCUGGUGCCCCCGGUGGCCAAUGCUGGGUGGCACAAGCUGGUGCUGAUCCUCAGUAGUGCCGUUCCAGUCAACUGGGCUCUCACAGUCCCAGGGCUCCGGGGACACAUCUCUGUCUAUGUGAGGACCCUAUCCAGUAAAACUUGACACAUUAUGGUAUUUCACCUAUCAUGUGGGCUAGAAUGGGUCCUUCACCUAUUCUGGAGUUUGGUAUAAAAGUCAUUAUGAUGGACAAAAUAACUAAAUACAUUAAAGGAGCAAUACAAUCAUUGAGUGAAGGGCAAGGUAAACGUCAGUUCAAAAUAUCAAUGGACAUAUCUCUCAGGUUAUCUUGUUGUUAAAUAAACACAUUAAACUUGGCUUUGACAGGGCUUGUCAGGUUAUCUUGUACCGUGUAGCUCAGUUGGUAGAGCAUGGCGCUUGCAACGCCAGGGUUGUGGGUUCGAUUCCCACGGGGUGCCAGUAUGGGGGAAAAAAAUUAUGCACUCACUAACUGUAAGUCGCUCUGGAUAAGAGCGUCUGCUAAAUGACUAAAAAUGUAAUCUUGUAACAGAAACAUCCCUUUUUUUUGGACCAUUUCUCUCUUGUUCUUUCCUCUCAGUCCUCCAACAGUGUGUCCCCACUCUACCCUCCGGAGCCUGACCUGACACUGACUAGCAUGCUCACCUCUGACCUCUCUACCACCCAUGACCUUUUGAGCUGGGCCAAUCAGAGUGGCUUCCCCAAAGUGGCCUCAUACACAGAGGCUGACCUAGCCAAUCGCUUUGUGAUCAGACUGGCUGGGGGUGGGACAGGUCAGGACCUGUGUGUGUCUCUCAUUGUGUGAGUGCACUGGAUGGUUUAUUUUGUGUUUCCUAACAGUGUGUUUGUGUUGGUGUUUCUCGUAAUUCAUUAUGUUGUCUCCCUAAAUUGAAGGUCAUGUUAUCUCUAAAAGGUGCUAUUCUAUGUGUAAGCACACCUCCCUCUCUCUUUCUCUCCCUCUCGUCCUCCCCACAGAAGGUGGCCCCCCUGUGCGUAUGCUGGGCGGCAGGCCCCCGUGGGUCCAGGAGCGCAGGCUGAGACAGUGGCUGAGUGGGGGAGGAGGAAUGGCCAGUGGGGGCUGGGACGCCGUCAGUGUGCAGUGUCAUGACGGACGACUCAAUGUGGCCGUGGACAGACACAUUCUGCAGGUCACUUUCACUAUGUGGUUGUACUGGUAGUUUAGCGUGUUAGCCUGCUAGCGAGGUUAUGGCAUACAAAUACCAAUAUACUGUAUGUAAACCUACAGUGUAUUGUAGGUUCUUAUGAUGGUACUUAGUGUCGUUUUUGUGAUGCUCUCUUUCACACAGACCCUGUCUCUCCCGGUGUCGGAGGUGACGCUGCGGGAUCCUCAGUGCCUGGCCCAGUCCAACAGCAGCCAUUUCCUGUUGGCAUUCCCGGUCAUUUCCUGUGGGACUGAGGGGCUGCUGCAGGGAGAGCCCAGAGGGGUGCAGUACAAAAAUGCGGUACGACAGAGAGGUGGUUUAAAGGGGUAAAAUAUCUGCAGAGAACAUUUAACAUGUUCUGUGAAAUGUUUCUGCAAUGUUUGUGUCUCACCAUGUUUUUGGGAUGUUCAACAUUGAGUUGAAAAUGGUCAUGGAACCAUGCAUCUGUGUGCGGACGUUUACCAGUGAUUCUGUGCUAAACACAGUCAGCUGAAAAUAGAGCAGAGCUGUGUAAUAGGGACGUCCGGCAGCCUCAUCACAGAGGCAGAUCUGAUGGGGAGAUAGAGCAGGGAUGGGCUUCCCUUAGCUGGGGAGGGGGAGAGGGACAUGGAGGUCACUAUGGAGCCCCUCACUCUGUGUCUCUGUGUCUCUGUGCCUCUGUGUCUCCGUGCCUCUGUGUCUCUGUGCCUCUGUGCCUCUGUGUCUGUGUCUGUGUGUGAGUUUGAGAGAGAUACAGUAGAAAGGCAGAGGAAGAGAGUAGAAGAGCAGUGCUGCAAUUGUGGUGUUGUUGGUUAGUGUGAUCUGAAGUGCCCCUGAGGUUGUGUAAGUAGUCUGUCUUAUCUCCCCCAGACGCCACAUGGGUGACCUAGGUCAGAGUGUCCGGAACACUGCUGAUCAGCCUGACUGUAGCUAGGCCUGGGGACGGGAGUGUGGGAGCUGGGGGCUGGAGGGAGGGAGGGUAGUGGGAGUGGUGGAGGUCUGGGAGGAAAGGGAGCAGGAGAGGAGGGAGGGAGGCAGUGAGACAGACAUGUAGCAUGUGAAUGAGUGAGGAAAAGAAGGGUUCAAUUCUGGCUUUACUGGCAGAGGGAUACAGUGAGCGUCAGGUUGCUUCCAUCAUUAAAAUUUCAAAGACGGCGGUUCAUAAGAACAAGGUUAAGCAGCAGCCCUUCGUCAAUGAGAAGUAAAGAAGAGCCAGGCUGAGGUUUGCAAAAGACAAUAAGGAUUGGGCCGUAGAGGACUGGAGUAAGGUCAUCUUCUCUGAUGAGUCCAAUUUUCAGCUUUGCACAACACCUUGUUGUCUAGUGGUUAGACGGAGACCUGGAGAGGCCUACAAGCCACAGUGUCUCGCACCCACUGUGAAAUUUGGUGGAGGAUCGGUGAUGAUCUGGGGGUGCUUCAGCAAGGCUGGAAUCGGGCAGAUAUGUCUUUGUGAAGGACGCAUGAAUCAAGCCACGUACAAGGUUGUCCUGGAAUAAAACUUGCUUCCUUUUGCUCUGACAUUGUUCCCCAACUCUGAGGAUUGGUUUUUCCAGCCGCCAUGCCACACAGCCAGGUCAAUCAAGGUGUGGAUGGAGGACCGCCAGAUCAAGACCCUGUCAUGGCCAGCCCAAUCUCCAGACCUGAACCCCAUUGAAAACUUCUGGAAUGUGGUCAAGAGGAAGAUGGAUGGUCACAAGCCAUCAAACAAAGCUGAGCUGCUUGAAUUUUUGCGCCAGGAGUGGCAUAAAGUCACCCAACAUCAAUGUGAAAGACUGGUGGAGAGCAUGCCAAGACGCAUGAAAGCUGUUAUUGAAAAUCAGGGUUAUUCCACCAAAUAUUGAUUUCUGAACUCUUCCUAAGUUAAAACAUUACUAUUAUGUUGUUUAAAAAUGAACAUGAACUUAUUUUCUUUGCAUUAUUCGAGGUCUGACAACACUGCAUCUUUUUUGUUAUUUUGACCAGUUGUCAUUUUCUGCAAAUAAAUGCUCUAAAUGACAAUAUUUUCAUUUGGAAUUUGGGAGAAAUGUUGUCAGUAGUUUAUAGAAUAAAACUAAAAUGUUAUUUUUACCCAAACACAUACCUAUAAAUAGUUAAACCAGAGAAACUGAUAAUUAUGCAGUGGUCUCUUAAUUUUUUCCGCUGCUGUGUAUCUACUGACGUCUCUCACUGACCUAUCUGCUCUAGUGUAUCAACUCAUACUUACAGUAUAUGACUUGCCAUGUUUUGUGUCUAUCUAUCCUCUCAGGUGUUGCUAUGGAGAAACAAGCCUCUGGUUGCCGUGGGCAAUGAGACAGACAAGGAUCCCACAGAGUGGACUCCACUGGUCAUACAUGUGAGAUGAUAUAGCAUGUGUGUUUGUUUGUGUGUGUCGUCCAAUUUCACUCCAUAUUAGUGAGAGAGACAUGUAUAUCUAUGCUUGUCCUUAUCAUUCCAUACAUCUCCCUCUCUUUUCCAUUGUCCUCUUAGUUCAGCUGUUUGGCUGCAGUCCCCAGCGCCCCGAGCCUUCCUGUGGAGCAGCCCACUCCACAGGGGCCGGGGCCUCUCCCCAGGGCCAGGGCCGGCCCACUGGUCUCACUGCAGCUGUUUGUUACAGAGGGCUAUGAGCAGAGGCAGACCGGUCCUUGUGCCAUCACUGCGUACAACCAUGUCUAUGUGGAGGUCAGUUUGCCUGGCUGUGUGUGUGUGUUUAAUUGUGUAUAUGCCCGCCUGCCCGCCUGCCUGUCUGCCCGCCUGCCCGCCUGCCUGUCUGCCUGUCUGCCUGUCUGCCCGCCUGCCUGUCUGCUGAUGUAGCUCCUGCUGCAAGUGCUACUUGUGUUUCUCCCUCUGCUAGUCUUCUACAGUAUCAGCUGCCUCAAGGCCAGAACAGACUUCCUCCAGAAGGCUAUUAUAAUCACAUCUAGAUAUGUCACAAUAAGGCCCUUCUGUAAGAGCUCUGUAGCCCUGCUAUUACAGCAGUAGAGCACAGCAGGUCGUAGUUGGUAGCUAACACUUUACUUAACAGAGUACUACAAAUUACAGUAUUAGUGUAAUUAUAAUACUUAUUACCCUCUACUUACAAAAUAUCAGCACAGUAAUAAGACCAUGGUAAAGAAAUGUGUUACCCAUUUUUUCUCGGACUGUUUUUGCCAAGCUUUCAGCCAAGGGGGCCAUCGGUGGGGGUGUGGAUGUGCGGUCCUGUGUAGUGUCUCCUCUAUCAGACCCCCGCGUGUCCCCUGGCUGGUCAGUCAUUAGAGACGGCUGCUCCACUGACACCUCACUGACACUCAGCAAAAUGACACAUGACCAAGAGGAGGAUGCUGAGGAAUAUUAUGAAGAGGAAGAGGAGGUACCUAGAGGCCUGAGACAAAGAGAACACGGUGGGAAGAGGGGAAGAGGAGGACGAGCCAAAAGGAAGGAGAGCGAUGGAGGAAUGGGAGGAGAGGAGGACCAGAUAAACAGACUGAGGUUCAGUUUUGUCCUUCGGCCCAUCUACAACAACUCUGUCCAGUUCCUGCACUGUAGCAUCCGUCUGUGUGGCCCUGAGUCAGUGACCCAAGGGCCUCCAACGGCCAUGACACAGAGUGGCUGUCCGAAUCCCUGGGGCCUCCGUAUCCCUGCCCUCGUAUCUAAACUACCCAGCCAACAGGUACAGUACAUGUUCUAUAUUCAUAAUGGCUAGUAGUAUUAAUGACUAAUAGUAAUGACUUACCCUCAUCUCUCUUCUCUCCUCUGUCAGUGUGAGUACAGAAACCUCUCCAGACCCAUGCUGGUCAAUCAGCCCGUUGGUGUGGCCAGACAGCUGGCGCCACCUGCUGGUGAGUAGUAGAUGGUCAAUGGUGGUGUGGUCCACCUCCUGUGGGCCUGAAGUAGUUCACUUUCACUCUGUGUAAUGGGGUGUUUCUCUCUUUUUAUCCAACUCUCUCUCUUUCUCUCUCUAGGUCAGAGAGGUCAAAUGCCCAGUGUGGCUCAACUGCCCAAGCCUAUCCCAGCCCACAGCAGUAAGUAACUGUAACCUUAACACUAGCCUCAACAAUAACCCUAGCUUCAUGUCCACACCUCGGUUCAACCCUAACCCUCAACCCUAACCCUAGCUUCAUGGGUGGUCCUCUGUAGCUCAGCUGGUAGAGCACGGCGCUUGUAACGCCAAGGUAGUGGGUUCGAUCCCCGGGACCACCCAUACACAAAAAUGUAUGCACGCAUGACUGUAAGUCGCUUUGGAUAAAAGCGUCUGCUAAAUGGCAUAUUAUUAUUAUUUAUUAUUAUUCAUGUCCACACCCUGGCUCAACCCUAACCCUAACCAUAAUAUCAACUCCUGGAUGUUCCUAUAUGUGUGUAUUAUCACAACAGUGAUAUUAACUGUGAUUUGGCAUAACUACUACUUUUCCCUCCCAUGUUUUUCCCUCCCAGGCUCUGGGGUAGAGACAGGCUCAGUGUUGGGGAUUGUGUUUGUUGCGUUCCUUAUGGGCAUCAGCCUGAUGGGGGCGCUGUGGUGCAUCUACUCUCACACAGGUAAACACACAGGCCAGGUCCUAAGGUCUAUCUCCUGGACCAAAGGCCAAAAUACUGAGCUAUGCCACCAUAUUCACAAAUAAACAGAGAACAUUCUAUACCUGCUGCUACUGUUUAUCUGUCACUUUAUUUCUAGUUAUAUGUACAGUACCAGUCAAAAGUUUGGACACACCUAUUCAUUCAAGGGUUUUUCUUUAUUUUUACUAUUUUCUACAUUGUAAGGUAAUAGUGAAGACAUCAAAACUAUGAAAUAACACAUAUGGAAUCAUAUAGUAAACAAAAAAGUGUUAAACAAAACAACAUAUAUUUUAGAUUCUUCAAAGUAGCCACCCUUUGCUUUGAUGACAGCUUUGCACACUCUUGGCAUUCUCUCAACCAGCUUCAUGAGGUAGUCACCUGGAAUGUAUUUCAAUUAACAGGUGUGCCUUGUUAAAAGUUAAUUUGUGGCAUUUAUUUCCAUCUUAAUGCUUUUGAGCCAAUCAGUUGACAAGGUAGGGGUGGGAAACAGAAGAUAGCCCUAUUUGGUAAAAGACCGAUACCAUAUUAUGGCAAUCAUUAUGUCCAUCAUUACUUUAAGACAUGAAGGUCAGUCAAUCCAGAAAAUUUCAAGAACAUUGAAAGUUUCUUCAAGUGCAGUCAUAAAAACCAUCAAGCACUAUGAUGAAACUGGCUCUCAUAAGGAACGCCACAGGAAAGGAAGACCCAGAGUUACCUCUGCUGCAGAGGGUAAGUUCAUUAGAGUUAACUGCACCUCAGAUUGCAGCCCAAAUAAAUGCUUCACAGAGUUCAAGUAACAGACACAUCUCAACAUCAACUGUUCAGAGGAGACUGCGUGAAUCAGGCCUUCAUGGUCGAAUUGCUGCAAAGAAACCACUACUAAAGGACACCAAUAAAAAGAGACUUGCUUGGGCCAAGAAACACGAGCAAUGGACAUUAGACCGGUGGAAAUCUGUCCUUUGGUCUGAUGAGUCCAAAUUUGAGGUUUUGGUUCCAACCGCCGUGUCUUUGUGAGACGCAGAGUAGGUGAACAGAUGAUCUCUGCAUGUGUGGUUCCCACCGUGAAGCAUGGAGGUGAUGGUGUGGGGGUGCUUUGCUGGUGACACUGUCAGUGUCAUUUAUUUAGAAUUCAAGGAACACUUAACCAGCAUGGCUACCACAGCAUUCUGCAGCGAUAUGCCAUCCCAUCUGGUUUGCGCUUAGUGGGACUAUCAUUUGUUUUUCAACAGGACAAUGACCCAACACACCUCCAGGCUGUGUAAGGGCUAUUUGACUAAGAAGGAGUGUGAUGGAGUGCUGCAUCAGAUGACCUGGCCUCCACAAUCACCCGACCUCAACCCAAUUGAGAUGGUUUGGGAUGAGUUGGACCGCAGAGUGAAGGAAAAGCAGCCAACAAGUGCUCAGCAUAUGUGGGAACACUUUUUUGGUUACUACAUGAUCCCAUAUGUGUUAAUUCAUUGUUUUGAUGUCUUCACUAUUAUUCUACAAUGUAGAAAAUAGUAAAAAUAAAGAAAAACCCUUGAAUGAGUAGGUGUGUCAACUUUUGACUGGUACUAUUCAAAUCUACCUCAAUGACCUUGUACCCCUGCACAUCGACUCGGUACUGGUACCCUGUAAUACAUAGCCAAGUUAUCAUUAUCAUUGUGUAUUUAUUAUUACUUUUAUUAUUACUUGUUUUACUUUUCUAUUAUUUGUCUAUUUUCUUUCUCUCUACGUUGUUGGAAAGGGCCCAUAAGUAAGCAUUUCACUUAUUAGUCUACACCUGUUGUGUAGACACCAUUACGACUUUCUUACUAUUUUUGAGAUAAAUAGUGGGUUUAUUCAGCAUGUAUAAACGUUAGUGACACACUUGACAUGUGAUUGGUUGCAGAAGCUCCUCCACCAACCAGAAGAGGGAGCCUGCUCGAGAAUACUAACCCUGCCUUAUUAGACUCUUCCAACAGCUCUGUGUAGAGGUGAGAUGGAACGUGAUAAGAGUGGAGCAACACACACAACAGCUGGGGGACCACAAAGUAAAGAGAGUGUCAAAUUUAGACUAGUAUACUAUAGGCUUAUCAUGGUGGCACUAGCGCCCUUUGUGAAUUAGUCAUGCACCUGCAGAUUGCAAUAGUGAUAUCUUGUAUCAUGUGUAAGAAAUACGAUGAAAUUAUCGUUCUCUCUCAUUUUCAGGGAUUUCUCUGGUAAAUCUGAGUCCGAGGGUAAAGUGGGACAGAAGAUUAAACAUCUGGUGUGUGUAUGUGAGUGUGUCAGACCUGGGUUCAAAUACAUGCGUAUUUAAGUAUUUGUUAUUUAAAUACUUAUUUUCUGUGUAUUUUAGUAUUUUCGAAUAAUGUGGCCAAAUCAGCUAUUUCUAUUUGAAGUAUUUGAAAUUAUUUUCAGAUAACUUCCUAUAAAUAGCCGAAAAUGUUUUCAAAAACUUAUUUCAAAAUACAUUCUUUCAAAAACCCCUAGGACCAAACAGACCUGGGUUCAAAUGCAUGCAGUAUUUGAACAUUUGCAUUUCCAAAUACAUUCCAAUAUAUACUUACUUCGAAAUGUCUUUGAAAGUAAUUGAAAUACCCUAAAUAGUUUUUGAACCCAGGUCUGGUGUGCGUAUAGAAAACAUUGAGAACUCCUGCUCUUUCCAUGACAUAGACUUACCAAGUGAAUCCAGGUAAAAGCUAUGAUCCCUUAUUGAUGUCACUUGUUAAAUGUACAUUUACAUUUUAGUCAUUUAGCAGACACUCUUAUGUCUUACAGUUAGUGAGUGCAUACAUUUUUUUUUACAACCCUGGCGUUGCAAGCGCCAUGCUCUACCAACUGAGGACAAUCAGUGUAGAUGAAGGGGAGGAGAGAGGUUAAAGAAGGAUUUUUAAGCCUUGAGACAUGGAUUGUGUAUGUGUGCCAUUCAGAGGGUGAAUGGGCAAGACUAAAUAUUGAAGUGCCUUUGAACGGGGUAUGGUAGUAGGUGCCAGGCGCAACGGUUUGUGUCAAGAAUUGCAACGCUGAUGGGUUUUUCACGCUCAACAGUUUCCUGUGUGUAUCAAGAAUGGUCCACCACCCAAAGGACAUCCAGCCAACUUGACACAACUGUGGGCCAGCUUCCCUGUGGAACGCUUUCGACACCUUGUAGAGUCCAUGCCCCAACAAAUUGAGGCUGUUCUGAGGGCAAAAGAGGAGGGGGGUUACAACAGAAACAAGCACUACAGAGUUUAGAGAGGAGGAACACAUGAAGUCAAAGAUAUGUCAUGAGUAGAAUACAGUAUGUGUGAGGGGAAUUGCCAUUAUCCAGACCCUUAUUGUAUAUAUCUAUGUUGAAUCUGUGACCCUUUGUUUGAUAUUAUCUGUGCUGAUCGCUAUAUAAAUGAAAUAUCUGUGGCAAGAGUUUUUGUUUUAUCUUCAAAUAAAGUGCGGGUGAAAACAAUGAAAUGCUAAACUUAAAGUAUUUAAUUUGUAAUAUUUAAUAUUUAAAUCUAAAUCCCUUUUUAUAUAUACUCAUGCUGACCAGCCUGAGACACUGAAAAUAUACAAUCACGUUGUCUCGCCAUAAUUGUGGAGCAUGAUUUCAACAUAAUCAUAGUCUCUCUCUACUCAUACAGCAGUCAAAGACGUUAUUUUUCACAUGUUCCCCAUGACCUGAAUGUAAAUUAUCCCCUUGGGUGGGCUGCCUCAGUGAAGUGAAAAUGGCAGCUUCAUUCAUACAUCAACAAUGGGAGCUACAAUUGCACCACUCUCUGAGGAAAAUGGCCAAUUACAGUGGGAAAUAGGGGUUUGCUUAGUCACGCUACAAACCACCUUUUUUUAAUACGGUGUCUUUUUUAGACAUACAGCACAGUAAAGACUAGAGCCUUAAGGGCUGGAUUAAAUCCGUAGCGCUAAAGUUCGGUGUUAAAAGUGUGAUUGAAAUUUAAAGGCACCGUUUCUGCGUUGGUGGAGACAACAUUCACGGUAAACGCUGCAUACUGUAUGUCGGCUCAAUCGAAAGUUACCUUUAAAUUUAAACCGCGCUACAACGUUGAUCUUCUGUGCUAUGGAUUGAAUCCAGCCCAUACACUAGACAGUAUAUGGCAUUGCUAGAGAUGUUAACAAAGUGAUCAGGUACAGGAACCUCUUCCCUUCAAGGCACUAUCCAAAGGGUCAACCUGAAAAGCAGCGAGCGAAAGCAAAUCCACAAAAACAAAUGCCCAAAUAACUUGAACACAAGUCAUGUGCUUAGCCUCAGUCACUGAUCAAAGUACUAUUUAAACACAAAACUGCCAAUACCGGUCAACAAUCUCUAUACAAAGCACUCAUUCUUGUGCUACAUACAGUACUUGUGUAAUACUAAAUGUCCAUUAUGCCUCAGCUCUGUGAGUACAUGCUGCUGUAGACACACUGGGUCUCCUGGUGGUGCUGUAGGUCCAGUCUGCGCUGGAAGCUGCGUUGGCAGUGUGUGCAGCUGAAGGGCCUGUAGCUGCUGUGCUUACGGCUGUGGGUGAUGAGGUUGGAGCUCUGGCUGAAGGCCUUGCCACACACCUGGCAUACGUGGGGCUUCUCACCUGAGACCGACAGGGACAGACAGCAAGACGUGACAUGGAAUUCAAGAAGAGAGAUACUCUGAGAGCAGCCAGUGUGGGGCAGAAUCCUAACAUCCAGAUGGAAGCAACCUUUGCACAAUGUGUAAGUUGUACUAUAAUGUACGCACACCUGCUGACCUAUGUUCAACACACAAUGCUCAUUUGUGUAUGCGUCCUUCCAGUGUACCUCCCCGCACCUGUGUGUAUGAAGGUGUGUUUCUUCAUGUCAGACUUCUGGUGGAACCUCUUGCCACAGUACUGGCAGGGGUAGGGCCUGAUGUCAGAGUGGAUGAGCAGGUGGGUGGUCAGGGUGGAGGAGCGCUUGAACACCUUCCCACAAACCUUACAGCUAUAGCUACGCUCCUGGAACACACACAUUCACAGAGAUGUGGUUAGGAUUUUGCCAUUUCGUUUUUUUAUUUUUUUAUAGUUUGUGUUGGGAAGUGGAGAGACCUCCACCAAUGUACUUCUGCUAGAUAUACCUUUGGUCUUCCGUACAUGCCCAGAGCUUGUCUGAACCUGUAGGGGUGCUCUCUGGCUUUGGCUGACGUGGCCAAUGGGACUGCAUGCACGUUGUCAUGUGACCUGUGUAAAUGAGUCUUCAGUACAGCUCCUGAGGACAAGACCUGAGAAAAAGUGAAAGCUAAGAGUAACAUCAGAUGUACCUCAUACUCCCAGAGAUGUCAGCCAUAUUCAACACAAUUACCCCUCACAGCCUCUAUUCUCACACCAAACAAAUCUGCUGUUAUGUCAUUUUCUGACAUGUCACAGAGCCCUGUCAAGUACAAUUUCCACCACUCUACUGUCACUCUUGUCUCAGGUCACAAACACCAAACAGUAUCUCAUUUAUUCUAUUUUGGUCAUGCCUGAAGUGGUUUGCAUGGUUUGGAACCACACACCUUUGGUCGAUACACCCAAUAAGGGCGGACGUGGUGUUCUGAUUAAAUUGUCAUUCCUGACCCUUGCUGGUUCCUCUUACCUUUUCACAGAGGGGGCAUGGGCUGGUGGAGUUGUGGUCCAUAUGUGGCCUGUGGCUCAGUAAGACAUGGACCAGUUUCUCCAGCUCCCUCUCUCUGUCAGGGCCCCGGGGCCAUUGUAGGGACCAGAGCAGGGCAGACUCUGAAGGCUCCACACCAUCAUACCCUGGGGUUUCUGUGG